GCCAUAUGAACCUGCGCUAAUUGUAUGAUAAAAUAUCUUCAUAGUCUGAGAGAAUAACUUUAAAAGCAUAUGGAUCCCAUUAUUUGCAAGAAAAUUUCGUUAUGUUGGAUGUGCAUUGGUUUUUUCCUUUACAGUUCUUCUUGCUCUUGUAGUUGAUGCUUUUAUAUCUGUCAAAUUUAGCAAAUUCAGUGCCUCUGCUCCCUCACAUAGUUUAACAAGUUUGUCUUUUUUCUUGUUAACAUAAUUUUAUUUUAUUUUUUCAACUUUAUAAUUCUGAUCAGUGUUGUGGUUUGCAGUUCUUUGCAGUUCUUUAUUUGUAUUCAAUGCCGUAUUACUUGUGCCUAAUGUUUAUGUUGUCUUGGUAGCACGACCUUACGCGCCUUUAAUUUGAAGAAUUCCACUAAUGGAAAUCAAAAGUAUUUAAAACGUCUUGUGUAUCGCAUCAGUCGAGAGAUAUUAACAUCAUAUGCAGGUGAUAAUGAAUUAUUGCUAAAUAAACAUUGGAAGUUGACCACGGAGAAGUCUAAAUCAUCCCGUUUGUCUCAUUUCCUAUCAGGAAUAUAUAAUAGUGAGUAGGGCAAACACAGACCCCUGGAUAUACUAGAUUUGCGAUCAGGUGCCUAGGAGGAGUAUGCUUCCCCUGUAGACCGGUUACAUCCGCCGUGAGCCCUAUAUCUUGAUCAGGUAAACGGAGUUAACCGUAGUCAAAAUCAAUGUGCAAAGAACGGCUUAACAAUCGGUAUGAAAAACGUCAGACAGCAUUUGACCCAAUGAUAGGUUGUAUUGACGACCUAAAUCGUUAUAACGACGAUAGAAUUUGCGAAAUGCUGAUUUCAAUCGAGACUCUUGACACCCCUGUACCAUCAACUUGUUUGUCAGUACCUUGUCUUGAUUUAAAAAUUGACUAUACGCAGAACAAUAUCUGAAUUUUCCGUCUAAAGCUACAACUCUCUGGUUGUGCUUACAUAUCAAGACAUUGUAAAAACAUUUCAUGGGAUCUUUAUCUUCAAGGAAGGAAAGGGGGACUUCAAGUAGAAAUGAUAUCUAAAGCAAACAUUCCCGACUUCCGUUAAACAAAGAUUCCACAGCAAACUCCCUGUAACCGGAUGUUCAAGUCUACCGUGGAACUCACUUCAACACUCGCGGUACUUCGUUAGGUGAUCGUGUGUCGGAUUAUAACUGUGAUACACUUGUUUUGAGUUCCGACGACCUUGACCUUGAUAUUCCACAAUAAGCAUGAUCGGUGGAGUAAUGUUGGGAAGGGUUUUCCUGAUCAGUAUUAACACGAUGCUUUUCAUCCUUGGGGUGAGCAUAACGACAGCGGGAAUUUUAAUAAAACUUAAUGUAAAAAGCAUGGAGUUAGAAAUGAACUCCACUACCACAACGCUGUAUGAACCCGGAAUCCUGACAGACGAUGUGGCCAUCUUUUUCAUAGUUCCCGGAGUGGUCCUUGUCCUUGUCGCUGAAUUUGGUCUACUCGGCGCUUACACUCGAUGCAGAUGGAUGCUAAUCACGUAUGCCAAUAUUCUUCUAAUUUUACUCAUCGUGAAAAUAGCUGUCCUGGCCUUGUGGAUCUCUAUGACGGAAAAGAUGGAAGAAUUGAUUAAAAUGGAGAUGCUGAAAUCCCUAAAAGCCAAUUACAUAAAUGACACUCUAAAUAGUAAUAAUGAAAUAUCGAACUUGUGGAACAACAUGUUUCUGACUUCAGAUUGCUGUGCUGUAAAUCCGGUCACAGGGAAUCACACGGACUUCAAGGAAACCCCUUGGUGCAAAGAAACGAUUAAAUGCAAUCUUCCCCGGACAUGUUGUGAGGAUGUGGAUGCUGACAACUAUACUCUAGCUUCUGUAAACUGUACUUCGUCCAUGAGUGGUUACAAAACAAUGGGAUGCUAUGAUGUUAUGCUAGAUCAAGUGAAAUCGUAUUCUGCGCUUAUAUUUGCAGUUGUGAGUUCAGUUCUUGUCAUUGAGCUAAUGGCUAUUGUAUUUGCUUACCAAAUCUGUUAACUGAGCAGGGAUGAAGGAAAGUAUGAAAAGUUAUCCUUUUCAGAGCCUCUUCUAUCAGUUGGUAUCCUUACCCCGUAUGGUACCCCGUUCACCUGUGUCUGAUAUAACUGAGUUCUGGGUUUAACCAUUCAUUCUACACUCAAGCUGCACGGAAUUCGUGUUUGAUUGAUGUUCAAACAUUUUGAGUUAUAAAUUUUUGUAAUACUUCUUUAAUUAUACAGACGCUUGGCUUUCUGAGAUGAGUAACUUUUCUAUAAAUAUUAAUGUAAUGUUAUGUUUUGUAUUUCUUACGUUUUGUUAAUUUUAUGGUCCUCGAAUGACUUUGCUCAAAUUUGUGCUUUCUAUUGUGUUCAAAUUUUGAAGUUUAUAUAUUGUUUUAUGUGUUACUUUGUGUAUUUAUUUCAUCGAUGUGUGUUUUCGUAAUGUGUAAUCAUGUGUCCAUAUUCACUUUUGUAUAUAUCAUAUGUUCAGUAUUUGUAAAGUAUUAAGUAAUGUAUUAUCAAGUGUGAUUCAUUAGGUAAAUAACAUUAAGCAGGUUGGGAACACUUCUCCAUUAGCGAGAUAUUCUCGCUAAAACGCGAUUAUCCCUCUUUAGCGAGAGUAUAUAUACCCCGUACAACCGGGAAAAACACCUCGGAGUACACCGUUUCGUGUUUCACGUGAAAAGAGAAAAAGUGCUAAAAUGUUUGAUACUUCUGCAAAUAUAUCAAUCAAAAUAAAAACACUCACGAUGUGUAUUGGAUUUCAGACUGCUUCCCUCUUACGCAGCAACUUUAAUAUGCAAUUUCUUGACUCUUUUGGCAAUUUCAUACAAACAAUUUGCAUCAUGUUAAGUAUGUGUCGCACUUAUUCAACGUUGCACGGGAUUUGCCAUUAUUUUCAAUAAAGACGCCAAAACACCUGUUUAUGGUAAUGUUUACUCUCUCGCUAAAGUGGGAUAAUCGCGUUUUAGCGAGAAUAUCUCGCUAUCGGGGAAGUGUUCCCAACCCGUUAAGUUCAAGUGUAAACGUAGCGUUACAAGUGGAAAUAGGUGGUUAUUGGCUUGUUAACUUAAUGUAUUUUCUGGUUUCCGUGUAGGUCCAAAAAUAUUCCUUUGAAACUGUGUCCCGGACCUGUGUGUGUGCCUGAACUGUGUGUGUCCCGGAACUGUGUAGCUCGGAACAGUGUGUGUGUGUCCCGGACCUGUGUGUGUGUGCUGUGUGUCCAGGAAUUUUGUGUCUGUAUCAAGACCAGGCAUCACAUACUGUACACCUUUAAUGUAACUAACAGACUAAUACAAAAGUAAAUACAUAAAACCAA